AUGUUGUAUCUAUGGUACGAGCUUACGUUCACGGCACGGCCGCCUUCAACUACAGGCCUUGGCCUGAUAGAAUUGGCAACGUCGCAAGUGGUGUUGUUCAGUGACAGACGUCGUCAGGUCGUCUGCAACAUGGCGGGUGACCAAGUGAACUCUGAUUGUGAACACUGUGGCCUUACUACGGAUGUAACCACGAAUUUUGACGAGAUGAAAACCAUCGAAUCAUUGGACAAGUUGGUUGGUACCUCUGAAUCUGCCGUACUAAAUUCGUCGCCAAAUGUUACCCAAACUGCGUUAGAAGAGUCUGUCAAGCUGUCAAGUGUCAACAGUGAUUUUGAGGUUAGCCUUUCUAAUCUUCAACCAGUUAACAACAACAAACCCUUUUCUACUUUGGUGAUUGAAAAGAAACAGCCUACUAAAUCUAGCCUACCCCAACAAACUACUAGUCAGAUAACUGGUAACACAUUUAACAGUAGUAACCCUGAUAAUAGAUCAACUGCCAUCAGCAAACCUAGGCUAAGACCUACUCGCAUUUUUUCUAACACCAAUGAAAAUUUGUCUGAAUCUCGAGGAAAUGUCCCCUCUUAUGCUGACAUUACAAAGCUUCACAGGCCGAAUCAAAAUUAUAGGCCUAGAGUUCGAGGUCAGUCUCAGCAAGAUAAACCUAUCAUCGGAACGAAGGGAAUGAGCGGUUCUUCUAACCUCAAAGUCGUCAAGAGGAAGACAUGGAUAUUUGUUUCAAGACUUUCUCCUGGUGUGUGCUGUGAUGAUCUUAAAACCUACUUAAUGGACAGUAAUAUACAAAACGCUGACUGUGAAGAACUACCUACACGAUACACGUCCUACAAGUCUUUCAAAGUCGGUCUGUAUCCCAUGGAUGCUGAGAAAGUGUUGUUCGACGUUACCAAGCCAAGUACUCCGGUCACCAGACUCCUGAACCUAUUAAGACAACAUAACCUGUAUCACCACAACGACCAACCAACAAGAUAUAACGCCUGCCUUGACAACGUGUUCACAAACUGUGGCAGCGACAACCUCUCCACCUCUGUUGUUCCUUGUCACUUUUCGGACCAUGAUGGACUCGCUCUGUUUGCUAUUGAAGGACACUUUCCUGAAUUUUUAAAAUUGUCAAAGAUCUGUCCGAUUUUCAAAAAGGGGGAUAAAGCUAGUCCUCAGAGCUAUCGGCCUAUCAGUCUGGUACCGACUUUGGCUAAGGUAGUCGAACAUGUGAUUUAUAACCAGGUGAGAAAUUUUUUUGAGUAUCAUGCUCUGUUCAACGAACAACAAUUUGGUUUCAGGGCUGGACGCUCUACUACGGGGGCCAUCGAUGCCAUGGUCCGCACAGUCUUCAAUUGUUUUGAAAGUCGAGAGGCUGCUUGGGCCACUUUUAUUGACCUAAGCAAGGCCUUUGAUUGUGUUGACCAUGGCAUCCUCCUCCAAAAGCUGGAGUAUUAUGGUAUCCGUGGUGCGAGCCUCAGCCUAUUCAGGACAUACCUUGCUGAUCGAAGACAGGCAGUUUGCAUAGGCAAUACCUGGUCCUCUGUCCUAUCCACUAACUGUGGAGUACCUCAGGGCUCAGUAUUAGGUCCUCUCCUGUUCCUCAUUGCCAUCAAUGACCUGCCCUUCAGCCUCAACUGUGAAGCAUAUUUGUAUGCAGACGAUACCACCAUUCUAAGUAAGGGUGCAGAUGUAACGCAGCUUGUAGCUGCAGUGGAAAGUAGCCUAAGUUUGACCUCUGAAUGGUUUGCAGCAAAUAAAUUCCUUGUCAACGAGGACAAAACACAGUCUAUGCUAUUUAGCUUGCGGCCUAUACCUCAAAUGGAGGAAACUAUAAAAAACAACUCAAAUGUUAAGAUUCUUGGAGUAAUUGUUGAUCCCCAACUAACUUGGAACUCCCAGCAUGUAUCUAGCGGCAAGGCGGCCGUUGCCGGGACUGCAGUGACGUCAUCGCGUGCAGUCCGCUCUGUCUGGCUCACCUCUUUUACUCCAUACAUCUUGAGUCCAAUCUACCUCUACCUGUCAUGUCACCUGUGCCUGUGA